AUGGCAGACUUUUGGAAACCUACAGCAGAUAUGUAUAGUGCUCUAUUCGAAAAGCCAAAAAUGUCAUAGAAGUUACUUGAAAAACCUCCAUUCAAAUAUAUAUUUGAUAUUAUAAUGGAGACAUCUAAAUAAACAGGUUUUACAUUUAAAUUUACUUUAGGCUACGCAAAAGGACUAUAUACAGGUGAUGAAUUUGAUUCAAAUUAUUAUCAUCUUAAAGAUAGAAAGAUAUUCUUUUUGCAAAAAAUAAUUUAGUUAACUUCUAUCAUUUUGGAUGAAGAACUUUAGGCUUAACCUAUUAAAAUAGUUGCAGGCUUGGAACCAGAAAAAACAAAUGUAUUAUUGUAAGCAAUUUACAGAGCAGCUGUGAGUGGUAAAAAUACUAAUAGUCAAGUUGAAUAAGUAGAAUUUAUUAUAUAUAUUUAGAUUCUAGCUGCCAUAGGAGCUGGUCCAAUAUUAUAAGAGAAGGAGUUUGAUCAAGUUUAAUAAACACCUAUUAUACAAUAAGUUAAUAUAAAUUCUGUCUAUAAUAACUAGACAGAAUUGAUUAAAAUGAUUGACAAAUAAAAAUUGCAUAUUUAAGGAUUAGAGUAGGAGUUAAUAUAGAAAAAUAACAUAAUUGUCAACUAAGAAUAAUAAAUUUAAGCAUUAAAAAAUUAAUUACAAUAAAUUACCAAUUCUGAUAUAUUUCCUUUAUAAUUUUAAUAAAGUAUAUAAAAUGAUUGA